CCUUUGGGGUGUGUGUGUGUGUGUAUAGAGAGAGAGGGGGGCUGUCUAUUUUUAAGAUUAAGAAAAACACCAUAGCUAUUGCAAACAUAAUGUAAAUAGAUUUAGAUGAACCUGCACUUGAAACCAAAACCCCCUAGGAAUACCACAUGUCAAUUAUGAAGAAGUACUUGGGGUUUUUUUUCUCCCAAGUUCUCGAAAAUGACACAGUACCUUCACAAAGCUAUAUGUCAACAGCCAAAAGCAAACUUGAUCAGUGGGUAACAGCCCAAGAGACAAGAUGAUCUUGGCAUCUUUUUUCAUCUGCAUCUUCUGGCCUGAUGUGACAGGUGCAACACAGGUGAUUCACAAGUCUGUACAAACAGCCACAGCUGGAGACAAUGUGACCUUGAACUGUCAGUUGACUGGAAAACAUGACAUUGUUCAGAUCACCUGGCAGAAGGAGCAUGGAAAAAAUAAGACCAACAUAGCUACAUUCAGUGAAAGUCAUGGCUCUAGGGUGCUGGGAAAAUAUCAAAGUAAUGUGCAACUUUUCCAGAGUGGGAUGGCCAUUUCUGCUAUCACCUUCCACACUGUUGCCUUGAAAGAUGAAGGCUGUUAUGACUGCAUAUUCAACACAUUUCCCUUGGGAUCCAUCUCAGGCAAGACGUGCCUCAGGGUUUAUGCUCUGACAGAGCCCAAAGUGACUGUGAAGCAUAUUAUUGAUCCAGAAAAAGCUGGAAAGGGAGUGCUUGAAAUCAGCUGCUCAGCAACAGGGAAGCCAGAGCCAGUGAUCACCUGGAAGUUCCCUAGACAUCUUCUUAUCCAGCCAAAGCAAUAUGCCAUUCAGCAGCUGAAUGAGACAGUGACUGUGGUCAGCAAUUUCACUCAUAUAUUCUCCCAAAUCGUCUGGGAGAAUCCAAUAAUCUGUGUUAUUCAUCAUCUAUCUUUAAAUCACACACAAGAGUUGACUGUACCUGUGACUGUGAUAGAAGAAACGCCAAACAAAAAUCCAGGAACUGACAUCACACUUCCUAUAUGCAUUUUGGUUACCCUGAUUCUCAUAUCCCUGUUAAUUUACUACUUGUGGUGGAGGCUACUUCCAGCAGAGAAAAAGCAAGGCCUGCAAUUAUGUUGUGUUCUCCCUGUAUGUCCUGUAACAGUAACAAAUGGAAAAUAUGCUUACACUCUGCAAGAAGUUUCAGUGAAAUCUCUUCCUGAAGGAAAACUUCCAGACAGAUGAAAAAGCUUUGGCCAAAAACCAUCUUUUAGUUGUUGUUUUUUUAAAAAUGAGUUCUUCAACUAUAUAUCUAUAUCUAUAUAGUUAUAUAUAAUUCUAUAUAAUAUAUAAUAACCUAUAUAUAAUUAGUACCUCCUGUAUAUAAACAAUGAAUUUAGCUGCUGCAUUCUAUGUAUAUUUGAUUGAUAAUCAGUAACAUAUUUAAACUGUACAGUAAUAUUGAGUAAAGUUUAUUUAUUUGAAAAUGUGUGUAUCACUCAUAGGAAAAAGAAUAAUGUCAUUAUUAAACAAAGUUUCUCUGAGCAUCUAGACAUUAAAAAAAACACUUUAAAAUUUCCUCCUGGCAGGUGGACAAAUAAUGAUUGGCUAGGAGAAGUUGUGAUGCCAUUUGAUAUACAUGUUUGAAAUAUAAAUAUGAUGUGGAAAGGGUGGUGUCAAAGAGAAUAGAUCCCUCAAAAUCUUGCAUUGGCCAUUUUGCCAGAUCUAGUGCAUUCGGGAUAUGGUUCCCAUUUAAAAACAAUUAUGGCCAAUGAUUAUUAUUCCAUACCAAGACAAUUAAUUAAUUUUCAUUUCACUGUUCUUGCAUUUUUGGUAGUUGCCCUAACAAAAUUUCAAGAUCAUCUGCUGCCAUCUAGUGUUUCUACUAAUGUAAUACACUUUACAUCUACAUGCAGACCUGCCCCCUGCUCAGCAUAUUAUAUGACUCAAAAUAUUUUGUUUGCUGUGUAUACUUUCGUUUGUACAUUCCUGUAUAUUCACAUUUUAACAUUUUAUAAGGAAAAAACAUUGUUCAAAAUAGAAUGGUUUUAUUUAAACCAAUUCAGUACUUAAUAUGUGUACAUUUUACACAUACUGACUCACACACAGCUACACUCACAUAAGCCAAUGCUCACAGAUAUGUACACACUCAGUCAUGCUGUUUUAUUCUUUCUUUCACUCACAUACAUACUCAUUUAUUGUCUCACACACAGUCACACAAAAACAUUCAUUCUCUUGUGUAUAUGUGACUAUACAGAAGUGCAUAUAGAAAAAUGUAAAAAAAGAAAUUUAUGCUCAGUUUUUUGUCAAAUGCUUUUAAAGUUUCUAUAUAAAAUUGUACAAACAAUACAACUUCAGUACAGAUGAAAACAGAAAAACAAUUUAUCC